AUGUCAGGAAUAUUGUUGGACACACUCCUGGAGGAUUUAGAUCCAACUUUAGCGGAAUUUCUUAAAUCUAAUUCCGAAUUACGACAAAUAUCGGAGCAGUAUUUGGUAGACUUAUUGAUUAAUGAUGAUUUACUAUGUACGGAUACGUAUACAACUACCAGUAAGAGUUCGAAUACUGAUGUUUCUAACGUAGAAGGUCAACCAAGGACCUUGACGGAGGAAAUUGCAGAAUUGGAUCUGCAACAGAGAGAAAUAAAAAUGCAGCUAGCAUCCAUAACGAAUAACAAUAGAGAUUUGAUUAUCGAUAUAAGCAAAGACUUGACUAGCAUCCGAGAAGAUGUCAAUUCAGGGUUUGAUAAAGAAAUUAAUUCGAUGAUAAAGAUUUUGGAUAUGGAAAAUUCUAAUGGGGAGAAGUUUGAAAUUCCAGAAAAUGAAAGAUUGAAUAAUACAAUGAUCACGUAUAAUUCGAUAUUAUCGAACAUUGAUUCAGUUUUGGACUUACUUGAGCUUCCAACCCUCUGCAAAGUUUGUAUAUUACAAGGAAAUUAUCAGGAAUCUUUAGAGAUAUCAAUAUUGGUCCAGACAUUAGUCAUUAGGUUCCCGAAUUUAAAAAUAUUCCAGAAUAUACAUUAUCAAGUAGAACAAGAGUUGAAACUAAUGGUAAAAGGUCUAAUCAAACUACUCAAUACAAACUUGAAACAAAACAAUAUAUUAAAGAUUUUCCAGAUUUUGAAUAAGCUCGAUCUUUUGAAUUAUAAUACUUCUUCUGCUAUAUCGUCUUCAGUAAAUGUUACAUCAAAUAAGAAGUUGCAGAAGGACAAAUUUUUAAAGAUAGUAUAUCUUAAUGCAAGAUUCAAGUUCAUUAUAAAUGAAUUAUCGAAUUUGACUCCUUUACUAAAAUUUAAUAAGCUAACAUACUUGAAAAGAUAUAUUGAAAUUUAUAGAGAGUUCAUUUUUAACUCAUUAUCAAUUUAUCACGCAAUUUUUAACUUCUCACCAGCAUCCAAUGAUAUAGAUAUAAAACAUGAAGAAGACAAUUUGUUGAUAAGUCAGUUUAUCAAGAAUUUGGCUUCCUUAUUGGCCGAAGAAUUAAAGAAAUAUUUACCUGAGCUUAUUGCACCUAGCGAGAAGGAUGAUAAUAUUGACAAGCAGACGCAAAAAGACGGAUUAAUAUUACAAAUAAUUUACCUUUGUCAAUCAUUGGCUAAGUAUAAUGUUGAUUUCGAAAGCCUCAUAACUUGGGAAUUGUGUUAUCGUAAUAAUUCAAUACUUUCAGAGGAAGAUUGGUUAAAGAAUAUGGCCAAAGUUAAGAAAUUCAGAGCAUAG